AUCGAAUUAUGCACGCUACAAGGAGCGGAAACGAGAAAUUAAUACAGUAAAACCCGUAAAUUGCGAUACAACGGAUAAACCCCACAAGUUGGCAGUAAUCGAUGGAGUGAAGCAAAAUCGGAGUGGGGCUUGGAAGUUGGGGGCUCUGCAUGCAGGACAUUAGGCAAAUGAUCCCUCCCUCGAUUCUCAGUUUAUAUCAUCAUCGUUUGGCUGUAUUUUAGCCCGCUCAUCUUUUGUUUUCCGUUUUUCUGCAUUUGUGAAAAUUGAAGUGUAUUGUCGUCAGAGUUUUUGUGGGGUGAAUUAUAGAAAUGGGUUCUGCUAGUCCUGAAUCUUCACAGAAAGCGAUUGAGGGUGACUUGGUUGAGACUGGGGAAAAGCUUCUUGCAACUCCCUUAUCAACUAAUGAGCUACUUGUACUCCUCGAGAAAGCAGAAGACCUUUUAGCUAAGGUUUGGCAACGGCCUCCUGUGUCUACAUGUUAUGCACUUCUUCCCGCAAUGAAGGCUCUUAUAACUGAUGAUAUAUUGCACCCCAAUGAUUUGAAAGUCCAACUUGUGGUUGCAUCUUGUUUUAAUGAGCUAACUAGAAUAACUUGUCCAGAUCCCCCUUAUGGUGAUGAUGUCAUGAUGGGGAUUUUCCAAUUAUUCAUGAUUGCAUUUGGGCAAUUAUCCUGCAAGCCUGGUCAAAAUUAUUCCAGGGCUGUUAAGAUUGUCGAGACUAUGGCAAAAGUAAGAUCAUUCUUGAUGCUUCUGGACAUAGAUACCGAUGGGCAUUUUGUGGUCGAGAUGUUCCAGCUUUUUUUAAGUAAUAUAAGGUCCAAUCACCUUUCUGAUGUCUUCAAAUACAUGGAAAUGAUCAUGACCUCUGUCAUACAAGAAAGCGAUGAAAUUUCAUCUGAACUUCUAAGGCCCCUUUUGUCGAGUGUGAAAACGGAGAAUAAGAACUCUUCACCUAUUUCAUGGGAGUUGGGGAAGAAAGUCUUUGAAAAUUGCGCGACCAAGCUCCCGAGUUACCUGAGGGAAGCUGUGAAGGAAAUGAAUCUGGAUCUUUCCGACUAUGCUGUGAUAGUCUCUUCUAUAUGUCAUUUUAUGAGCCAUGAUUCGUCCAAUGGGAAGAACAUGGUCCCAUGCAAAGUUUCACAGAUCGUUGGUAACCAUGAGUCCCAGUUAGAUGGACUUUCUGAGGAUGAAGACAAAUUCUGUGAUGCUGAAGCCAAUGAUGGCCAUGAAACAAAACCGAAUGAUGAAAAUUCAUUAGGAACCCCAAAAAACCGUAAGCUGCUUGCCAAAUCUGGGCCAGACUCAGGUUCUCUUCGGAGUAGAAGGGGAAGAAAACCUAAUACUGUGGUAAGACCUGAGGAGGGGUACAAACAUGAUUGGUCGAGAGGAGGAAAUUAUUCUGACGAAUCAUUUGAAAAUUAUUUUGAUGACAAAGAUGAUUCAGAUUUGAUGCCAGAAAAGGGAAAUGCAAGCAUAUUUAGCAAUUCGUCAAGGAAAAAAAAUAAUGAUUCUGUCCAUGAAGGGAGUCUCAGCGAAAGGAGUCAGUUGAAAAAGGAAAGAACGGUAAACCUACCCAAUAAUUCGAAGUUGUCGUCAACUGUUAAAAAGAAGAGCCUGCAAACUAUUGAGAAGGAUAAUAAGGCUAUUGGUGAAUCGAGUAACGUUAAGGCGAAAUUGGAAAAAAGGAUCCUCGGCAAUACCCGUGUUGGAGGGGAACAUGAGUUGUUACCUCAUGAGAAGAAAGAGAAGAAGAAAAUUCUUUCCCAGAAAAAUGCUCAUAAAAAUGUAGGCAAGAAGUCUAAAAGACCCCAAGUCGCUGAUGGGGAGGAAUUAGUUAAUAGAAGGAUACAGGUCUGGUGGCCAAUGGAUGAAACAAUGGCAAAACUUCUUCUCAUAUUCGAGAGUCUGCAUUGCAGGUUUUAUCCGGGGACUGUUACAGCUUUUGAUCAAGACACAAAUAAGCACACGAUUUUAUAUGAUGAUAAUGAAACUGAAAUCUUGAACCUGAGAAAAGAAACAUGGGGACUGUGUUCGGGCGAGCAGCCUGCAUUACCCUCACAGAUAGAAGAAGCUGAUCUCCGGUCACAUGUUCAACAAUCAGUCAAGAUACUGAAAAAGGCUUCAAAGCGGAGAGCAGUACUCUCAUCUAAACCACAACAUGCUGUCUCAAUGCCUAAAAGAUUAAAAGGUGAAAACCGUAGUGCAAUUAAUCACAUGGAAAAUUCCGAACCCAACAAUGCUCUUUUGAAUGAUGAAUCGGAUAAUGAGGCAAGUUUUGGACCAAAGGAUGGUGGAUAUGGUCAUCAAGGGUUGGAACAUUUUCCAAGAACAUGAAAAUCCGCCUCAUGCCGGAAGAUGUGACAAAGGUUUUAAGAAUGGAAUUGUUUUGUUGUGGAUUUCAUACAUUUAACGAACAAACUAUUGCAUGACAGCUAGAGAGGAGCAAUGAUCCUUGGGGAAAAUAUCCGUAUAACUUACUAUGUCGUAUUUUGUUUUAUGGGAUCAGAUCUCAAAACACUUGAGUAUGUGGAUGUAUUUUUCUCUUUGUUUAUUCCCUUAGCUUAAUAUAUUAGAGCCAAUGAUUUUUUUUUUUUUUUUUUU